CGGUCUCCCUCGUUUUCUUUUCUCUCGUCUUUUCUUCUCGUCCUUUCCCGUCUCGUCUCGUCUGGUCGCGUCGCACCGAGUCUCUUUACGCAACACCGAUCUCUAGAAACCUUCCAAGGGAAUGUAGGUCGUAGAGAUCGCCGCCUCUCUUUGGUACGCGCGGAGACGCGUCGUCCGGUAUUUGCAUGAGAUUCGUACGCGCCCGUCCGCGGUCCCCGGAGCGUAUUAGGCGCGCCGUAGAGUGUACGCAGUUAUGUCAAAUUUACGGCCGUUGUCGCACGGUUCGGAACGAUUUCUACGCGUUCCCCUGACCGAAAGCCGGUUCCUCGAAGUCGACUUUCCGAUUCUUUCACGGGUUUACGGAUUCCGUCGACGAAUCCUCGUCGAACGAAUUUCGGUCAUCGAGAGUCGCGACCGGCUGCGGCAUUAAAGAAAGCGACGAGAGAAAGAGAGAGAGAGAGAGAACGACGUCGAGAGGCAAAAACGGCCGACGGGAGUCGCGGCGCGUCCGCUCUCACCGGAUUACCGGAUCUCGUGCUCGUCCGCGCCCCAGGAAGACUUUCUUUUUCGCGCGAAGCCUGCGACCUCGAUUCGAUUCGAUCCGAUCCGAUCCGAUUCGAUUCGAUUCGAUUCGCAGGUAGUUGCUCGGCUCGCGGCGAUCGGUAUCGAUAGACGAUAGACGACAGCGAGUCGUCUAAACGCGGAUCGAUCCGAACGAUGAUGCGCGUCCGCGUAACUUUCUCUCGGAUUACGAGGCUACGCGACGUCGAGGUUGUCGUCUCGAGCGCGAAGCGGACGUUGAGCCGACGCGACGACGCGAUACCGGUAACCCUCGCUCGGAAUAACAGUUCGCGAGCGGACCGAAAACAUCCGCGUGCCGAGGGCUCGCGUCGGAGCUCGCGAACAGUUACGAGCUCGGUUCGCUUCGAAUUCACGGUCGGUUGGAAACGCUUCGAAUCGUUGCGAACGCGACCACGCGCGCUCCGAGCUCGCGGACAGUCCCGUUCGUGGACAGCGAGCGUACCGCUCGCCGCGCCGCCGGCGGGCUGUUCGCGAACGACAGCGUGGACCCGGCGUAACAGUUCUCUUCGCAUUCCAGCGGCCGCGCCGCGUUUCGAAAUCCGACUCGAAUCGACUCGAGCGCGAGCAGUUCGUUCCGACAAUGGGACGGUUCGUCGUUCGAUCGUGCUGCCCGGACCGAUUCGAACCCGUUAGAUAAAACCCGUUAUCGCCGGUAUCGCGAUUACCCGUCGCGCCGUUUCGCCUCGCUUCGACGAACUAGAGGCAACGAUCGCUCCGACCUCUUUUCCCCGCGUUUUCGUCGUCGUCGUCGUCGUCGUCGUCGUCGAGAAAUCGCAUUCCGUUUACGGAUGUUACACGCGUGUAACGAACGUACGCGUAUCGACGCUAUCGACGCUCGCAACGCGUUUCUCUCGCGUUCGUUCGGCACAGGUAGCUCGAAAAGCGUAGUCGGUAUCGACGACUCGGUCGGCAACGUCGCUUCGUCAUUUCGUUUUUGCCAUUCGACCGCGCGAACGACCUAGGAAAAGUUCGGAGAUGCCUGGAACGAUAUUUUCGGCAAACGGUUCGAUAACGUUCAAACGUGUAGUACAUCUGGUACAUUCUUACCGUGCAACAAUUCGAAUUUGCCGCGCUUCGUUCGCUACACGCAGCGACAGAAAUACUGAAACUAUCGGACGCGUUUAUCGCCGGAGUAGAAAGAAUACUUGAGAGUGCACGGUGGCGCCACCCGAUCUUGCUAAGGUCAAGUUCCGGUCGGUAACUGGUCGGUGUCCGGCGGUCGAAGCGUUUCGAGGCUGCGCGCGCCGGCGCCGUGUGUCGCCGUGUGUCGUCGUACAUCGUCGUGUGUCGCCGUGUGUCGCCGCGCGUCGCCGUACGUUGCGAAUGGUUCUAUAUCGAAAUCCGCGUAAUCGCGCGUGCGAAUAAACUCGUUCCGCUCGGCAUAGGCGCGGAAGACUCCCCCGAACGAUUCUGUCCGCUCGACGAUAAUUAGAAAGCGGGCUAUACAAGAAAACUAUAAACUACAUCCGUGGAUUCAAAGUUUCUCCACUUCCUUCUCUUCGUUAUCGCUUCGACGAGCGUCGAAGGUUUUCUCUUCCGCGUCCGUUUCACUGGCGGGUCUUUUCAGUGGACGACGGUCGACGCGAGGACCUGGAAAAUGGGCAACAACGGGAGCAGCUCGCGGAACGAACAGGCGACGAGCUCCGGUCGAUCGAGCGGCCUCCCGAUCCCGGAGGGGAGCCGCGGUUGGUCCCAAUCGUUUCCACGAGAGCUGGUUAGGCAUCGGUCUCGAGCGGUCGCCGCGGCGGCUCGGAAAGUGCUGCCGGAGCCACCGAAUCAGAGGUUACGCGCAACCGACAACGGCAGCAUCAUCCAGAACGGCGGGACCAUAAGCGGUCGCAGAGCGCCGACGUUCGCGUCGUCGCGCGAUCUCGCCAAGCGCGAGCGGGAGCGCGACGGACCGUUUCGCAGCAGAAGCACCUCGGCGUCCCGCGUCCCGGAGCCACGCACGACGAGGAUCGAGCGAGCGUGCUGCCGCUACCAGGUGGACGCGAGUCGCCGACGAUUCAACGGCGCACCGUCCGACUUGAAGCGAUUCGGAAGCGAGCCGGAUCUGCGAUACGCGGCGCCCGAGCCGCCGGACCGGUCGAGCUUCGAGAGCCCGAUCGGCGGCCGAGAGGACCGGCCGGCCGUCGAUCGUCGACGGGCCGACAGAGACUCCAAGGACCGCGGCGAGAGUCGGUACAAGGCCAGGAAAAAGUACAAAGCUCCCGCCCCGCCCACCGCUCCGAUCGUGUUCGGCAACGAUCCGAUCUCGACCUCCGCGUCGACCUCGACCUCCGUCUCGAUUCCGUUCGAUCCUCGGGACGUCGAGGCUCGCUGUCGUCACGAGCGGAACGUCCAACCGCCGCCGAGGAGAUCCCGCCUCUUCAAGACUCGGGCGGAGACCAAGAAGGCGCGGGUCGGUUGGCAGCUGUCCAGCUUGGACGGACAGAAUCGGCGGCAUCGCGAGCUCGAAUCGACUCAACCGCUUCGUCGGCUUUCCAACGCGGACGCUGACGGCGCCGCCGACGCAGACGCGGACGCGGACGCGGACCGACAGCGACAACGACCGCGGGCGAAUCAGUUCGACGGAAAGAACACGCUCCGGAGAAGCGUCAGCAGCCCGGAGUUCCAGGCGGAGCUGAUCCAAGCGGCCAGAAGAGUCCGCGACAAGCUCGCGAGCGCGACCAGAUCCGCCGUCGGCCUCGAUCGACCCGCGUCGAUCGAGGUCGAGUCGCGAUCGCUGGAUCGCCGCCGCGAGCUCUCCGACCGGCCUCCGAUCGAGAUCGGGAACGAGAGCGAGCCGGUUUCGCGGCACGCGAAGCCACCCGCGCGGUCUCGCCCAGCCGACGAAUAUCCGCGAAGAGCCGCGGAGGAACAGGGAAAAUCGGGAAAACCGUCCGUCCGGCCGAAUCUCGUCGAGCAGCCGGCGAUCGUCGACGCCGGGCGCGGCUCGUCCGAUCGGGCGACCGGCCGACGGCGAUCGAACGACGCGGGAAAUCGCGAUCUCGUUUCCAACGAACGGGUCGCGGUCGAUUGGACCGAGCCCGCUCGUUCGCUGUCGCCGCGGUCGACGAAGGACGCGGUCGACGUCCGCGGAUGGAUUCCGGAGGCGAUCGAGCAAACGGUCGAGGACCGGCGACCGGAGUUCGAGGACAAGGAGAACUCGGAUCCCGACGCGGCCGGUAAGCUCGACAAGGUCGCUCGCAAGCAGGACUCGAAUUAUUCCGAGGAUCGCGGAGAUCGGGACCACGACCGGCCAUACGCGCACUCCGCCCCGAAGACCUUCUACUUCGGCAUGAAGGAGCUGCUGGUGUCGUCGAGCGAGCCGCGGCAUCGCCUGGACCACGAGAAACGGGAGAAGCGGGAGAAGCGGGAGAAGCGGGAGAAACGGGAGAAGCGGGAGAAACGGGAGAGGCGGACCGAGUUUCGGGACCGAGAGGACUGUAGAUCUUCCAUGGACGCGGCGGACGACACGGACGACGCUUCCGGCCGCAACGUCGCGGAGGACAUCUCGUUGAAGCUGCGACCGACCCUGCCGAAGAAGCAGCUGGAGAUCCCGCGAUUCUCGCCGUCGGCCGCUUGGAGGCUGCUCUCCGCGCUGGAAACGCCCGGGCCCAGCACGAGCACGGCCAGCGAAGAGACGCCGGCGAUGUUCGAGGAGAGGAUCGAGCGGCUCUCGAGGCCGCCGCCACCGCCGCCUCCGCCUCCGCCGCCGCCGCCACCGAUGCUCGCGCUCGGCCCUCGCAGCUCCCACGACAAGUCCGGCGACUCCGGGAUAUCCGGGGACGCGGGGGCGGGCAACGAGGACUCGUUCGACGCGAACACGAUCAACCGGGCGAAAACGUCCGCGACGAGGCCGGCGUGGACGCCGCAGCAGGACCUCGGCGACGACGAGUCGAGCAGCGACGCGGGCGUCGAUUCGCCCUCGCCGUUGCCCUUGGCCGCGCCGUUCAACAACUAUCGGCCCCGAACCUGCGUGUUCUCGCUGUCGCUGCCUCGCGAGGAUCCCAGGCCGAGUCCGACCUUGCCCGAGUCGAGAACGCGGGAACAGAUGUCGGCCUUCGACUCGCUGAAGAAGCUCAAGAGAUCGAUGUCGGGGGCGUUCGGGAUCGGGGCGCACGAGCUUAGGAAGAAGCACUCGCACGACGUUCUCGACGACAACUGGUUCUUGUCGACCAGCGCGCCGACCUCGUUGCAGCACGGACAGUCGCUCGCCGUCGAGACCGCGCGAUUCUCCGCUUCGUCGUCCUGCUGGAAAUCGAUCGGAGCUCGCGACCGGGAGGAGAAGCUCGUCGUCGACGUCGUUAAGAAUCGUUGCGAGAACGACGCCAAUGGCAACUGCAACGACGACGAGGACUACGAGGACGAGGACGACGAGGACGACGAGGGCGAACACGAGGACGAGGACGACGACGAGGAGGAGGAGGAGGAGGAGGAGGAGGACGACGACGACGAGGACGAGGACGAGGAGGAAGAGGACGAGGAGGCGUUGGAGAAGACGGAGAGGAGCGCGGAGAACGAGGCGGCGGAGCUCGAACUGUACGCUACCGACUUUCCCGUCACGUUGAUAUCGCCGUCCUUCUCCUACUUGGCUCCGAGCGGACGCGUGAUGUAUCUGCCGGAAGCGGACGACGCGAAGCGGCGGAUCUCGGGGCGGAUCGGCGUCGUCGAGCGGGACGAAGACGGGGACGCUCGCGAGGGAGAUCGCGCGAGGCAGACCGCGGAGCCGGCGUACACGAGUUACCGUCGCAGUCCGUCGAAGCGACGGCCGAGGACGACCGGGCUCGAGGACCGUUCCGUCGAGUCCAAACGGGAGCAAACUCGAGAUCCUUCUCGAGGAGCCGUGAACGGUCGUGAACCGUCCUCGACGUCCAAAGAGGCGAAACCGCAAGGAAAGGCCGGCUCGAAGGGCAGACGAUUCACUUUCCAGUCGACGGUCAGACAGAUCGAGAGGCGCCGAUUGGCCGAGAAGCUGUCGCGGGAGGCCGAGGCGAAGGAACGCCAGCGGAAGGGCGAGCUGGAAGCCAUGCAGAAGGUGGAGGAGGAGUUUCAGCGGAAACGCGCGAAAGAGAAGGCGAACAUCAGACAGCAGUUGCGUUUGUUCAAGGAAAUGGAGGAGAAUUUCAACAACCUGGCGAGCACCGUCGAGUGGGACAGCUCGCAGGUGCGCCGGCCGGAUCCGGACGGCGCGCCUUCCUCCACCGCCUCUUCGCCCACUUGGCAACCGACCUGUCAGCCGAACCGGCAGUCCGCCGGAAAAAAUCGCGACGCCGCGCAAACCUCGGCGAAGGGAAAGAAGCGUCUCGAGGGUAGCAACGAGUGUCGUCGCAAGAGGGACUCGGGUUCCGGGUCCAGUUCCGACUCGAAACAGCGACGCGGCGGCGACCCGUUCGCCGGCGGCUACCGACCGAACUACUACGAUUGGGCGCCGGACGCGUCGUCGCAUCUCGAAGCCAAACAGACCACCGUUCAUCCGAAGGUCGUCUGCGACAUCCCGAAACGUUCUCCCGUCUUCGUGGAUCGGAACGUCCAAUCCGCCAAGCUCCCGACGACGAUUUCCGACUCCGUUUCCAGGUCCGACAAUUACAGGAAGGAUUUCGCGCACGGCGCCCUGACGACCAAGUCGUCUUUCGCCAGCAGCGACAGCGAACUCUCGCAGCCGAACACGAGACCGCACUCCACGGAGACCGGAGUCAAGACGCAGUCCCAUCGAUCUAGGUCGGCUAGUCGGGAGCGCAGCGAAGAUGCGGCCACCUCGGAGGAAGACGCUCCAGCGGAGCUGGCGAAACGACCGAGGAACCCUGUCCACGAUUUUGCGAUAAGCGGGCUGCGACCUUUUACGAGGAGCAGGAGUUAUCGGCCAAUUUCCUUCGAUCCCCGUCCGCCUCCGUCUGUUCCGAGUUAGCCGGAAUUCGGAACGAACGCGCUUCGAUCGUUCGCCGAUCGUUCCUAGAUCGCGAACUUCGAACGCUUCGCAUCGCCGGUCCACCACCCGGCUUUGUUCGCCCGAAUCGUGGAAUCUAUCGUUAUCGGAGCAAUAACGGAGAGUUCUCCGAUUCCAGCGUACAAUAUUUUGUUUUGCUGUAAGAUACUAAAACGAUAUUCCGUCGUUCCGUUUUCUUCAAUAAAACAUCGUGUACUUUGUUG